AUGGAGGACAUCCCCAGUGAUGAUAUUCUUGUUGUAGAGAAAUAUCAGCGCCGGCGGAAGUUUAGCUUGUGUGCUGUCUUCCAUUCCGCCUCCAUGUUACAAGAUAUUGGUGAAGCUAUACAAUUUGAACUCAGCAUUGGAAAUUAUGGCAACAAGUUUGACAGCACUUGUAAACCCUUGGCAUCAACGACUCAGUACAGCCGCGCAGUAUUUGAUGGAAACCUCUAUUACUAUCUCCCAUGGUCAGCCACUAAACCUGUAGUAACACUGACAUCUUACUGGGAAGAUAUUAGUCAUCGUCUAGAUGUUGUUAACAUUUUGCUGACUAUGAUGGAACGUCUGCAAUCCAACAUUGCCUCCUUAAAAUCCGCAAUCCAGGCCAAGAUUCCCGAGGCUCGGCUGGCAGAGAUAUGGCUGAGAUUAAUUGACCAGCUGAUAGAGGACGUUCUG